CAUAUUACAAGAAUAUUGCACAUUACGUAAAUCAGCGAGCAAAAUUUCAUUUAGUGCCCGGAUAGGAGGAAAAAUGUUGAAAGUAGCGACUACUCUGAGAUUAGUUUCAAAACAGGGCAAUAAUGUCCGGGCCCUUGCAACUGCAGCGGCCUACAAGCAAGCUCUAGUUAACGUUCCUCCAACUCAACUUACAGUACUUGACAAUGGGAUCCGCGUUGCUUCUGAAGAUUCCGGCGCAGCUACGGCUACUGUCGGUCUCUGGAUUGAUGCUGGAUCAAGGUACGAAAACUCCAAAAACAAUGGGGUCGCCCACUUCUUAGAACACAUGGCUUUUAAAGGCACAAGUAAAAGGUCGCAGACCGACUUAGAAUUGUUGGUAGAGAACAUGGGUGCUCAUCUGAACGCCUACACCUCGAGGGAGCAAACCGUUUUCUACGCAAAAUGCCUUGCUGGCGAUGUUCCCGCUGCCGUUGAAAUACUCGCUGAUAUAAUUCAAAACUCAUCCCUAGCUGAACCCGAAAUCGAACGAGAACGUGGUGUUAUUCUCCGCGAAAUGCAAGAUGUCGAAAGUAACUUGCAAGAAGUUGUAUUUGAUCACCUUCAUGCUACUGCAUUCCAAGGCACUCCUUUAGGACAAACUAUUCUUGGACCAACCAAAAACAUCAAGAAAAUUUCAAAGGCCGAUCUUCAGCAAUACAUCAAAACUCACUAUCAACCUAGCAGGAUUGUUCUAUCAGGUGCUGGUGGUAUAGAACACAGCAAACUUGUAGAUCUGGCUGGCAAGCAUUUAGGUGGCUUGAAGAACACUGCCCUCGAUGUACCUGAAUUAGCUCCUUGCCGCUAUACUGGUUCAGAAAUCCGUGUUAGAGAUGAUUCAAUGCCUCUUGCUCAUAUUGCUAUUGCUGUGGAAGGUGCUGGCUGGACAGAUGCUGAUAACAUUCCCCUUAUGGUUGCCAACACCCUUAUUGGAGCUUGGGAUAGAUCUCAGGGAGGUGGCACUAACAAUGCCUCGUUCCUUGCUAGAGCUGCAUCUUGUGGAAACUUAUGCCAUAGCUUCCAGUCAUUCAAUACCUGUUACAAAGACACUGGCCUGUGGGGUAUUUACUUUGUAUCAGAACCCAUGCAGAUUGAAGAUAUGCUCUUCAACAUUCAAAGAGAAUGGAUGAAAUUAUGUACAACCGUAACUGAAAAUGAGGUUGACAGAGCAAAGAACCUCCUAAAGACGAACAUGCUUCUGCAGCUGGAUGGAACUACACCAGUGUGUGAAGACAUUGGUCGCCAAAUUCUAUGUUACAACAGACGCAUCCCUAUUCAUGAACUUGAUGCACGCAUUGACUCUGUUUCAGUGCAGAAUGUUCGAGAUGUCUGUUACAAAUAUCUCUUUGACCGUUGUCCGGCUGUUGCAGCUGUUGGUCCUACUGAAGCUCUGCCUGACUACACUAGAAUCCGUGCUGGAAUGUACUGGCUCAGAGUAUAAACUCAUAGUGUAUUUAUAUAUUAGUAACUUGGAAAUCAGUUAAGAUCAUUAAAACUCUCUCCCAAA